UAGGGAAAAAAACACAUACAAAGGCAGACUACUUCAAGUCAAUGGUCUACGUAUGGGUAUGAUGAAUUUUUAGGGCCUAUUUAUUUAUAGCUUUAACACAACUUCAGUUGUCCUCUCCGUCACGAAUACAAUGAAUUCACUGUUAUAAUCGCUGUGCUCGCUUUAAUUCACAUUAGAUCUACAUUGGCAGUUUAUCAGAUUGAUGGGUGCAUUCGAUUGAUGUGUUUGUCAUGUAAAUACGAAUCGUUUGAUGGACACCUGCAACGCCCAGAGUGCUACCGCAGGUCGCACACCAUUGGUGCAAAAUUAGUCACAUGAUCUGUCACUUAACUGAUAUGAGCUCGGAUAGAACUUUGUGUGGUUUGACGUACUGCUUCGAGGUUGUAGGGGCACUGGGACCACACAUCGGCGUAUAUUGACCCUGCUUAAUCAAUUUUGCUUGGUCAGUCAACAAUGAAUUCCUACUUAGAUUAUACGAUUUAUAACCGUGGUGCUAACACUUACAGUUCGAAGGUUGGAUGUUUUUCUAUGGAACAAGAAUACUUGCCAAGUGCUUGUGCAAGUAGUAGUACAAAUAGUUACAUUCCCGAGGGACGGCCAGUCGGAGGAAACACUUUUACACCAGCAUCGCAUGAAACUCAUGGCACAACUUAUGCACAACAGCCAUACCACAUCAAUAUGGAUAUGGGGAAAACUGGACACACCAAUUUCUGCAAGCAAACCCGACCUCCUCUCUCGGACUAUGGACAUCAGCACGUUCUCACUCAAACAGAUGACCACAUGCGCCUUCAGUCCCCUGCUUUUUCUGUCGUGAAUAUGGGAUCCAACAUUGGAACUUACAGUGACUCGAACUGCAGGCCUGGCUCGGUCUCUGCAAGCCAUUAUCAGUCAUUUCCUUACGGAGAACUCGAACCGCACGGCUAUGGCUCGUUCAGCAAGUACCAGGUCUCCCCUGACAGUGACAGCGAUUCCAAGACGAACAUCACACAAGCGCCAACGUUUGACUGGAUGAAAGUCAAGAGGAACCCCCCUAAAACAGUCGCCGAAUAUGGGAUCCACGGCCAGCAGAACAUAAUACGCACCAAUUUUACCACCAAGCAGCUCACCGAACUUGAGAAGGAGUUUCACUUCAACAAGUACCUGACCAGGGCUCGCAGAGUGGAGGUGGCCGCAACCCUCGAACUGAACGAAACGCAGGUUAAAAUUUGGUUUCAGAAUCGCAGAAUGAAACAAAAGAAGCGCGAGAAGGAAGGAACAGUCCCAAUAAUUAAACGAGCGACCCUUUGCUCUUCUGGUCAAAGCGCAGACAACUCAAACAGCUCAUCCCCCGGUGCUUCGCCUACCUCAGACACUUCCACUACUAUUUGAUUCUUACGUGCAGUUGUGGCAAACGAACUUCUGUUUCAUCACUGUGCUGUGGAGAACUACCUAACUUAUUCUGCUGUCCUAGACACAGCAUUGUGCUAGUGUGUGCAAGUGUGUUUUAAAGUAAUCAAUUUGGCUGCAUUAGAGCUACUGAAUUCAUGGUUUAACAGGGUAUAUGCUUAAUAGUAAAAAGCAAGACUUUUAAAUGUUAUUUUUUUUCUGCCAUUGGUUGAUAUCUUAUGUUGCACUACAGAUUCAUUCCUCUGUUGAAAGAGAAAAAAAAACUGUUGAAAACACUGACAUGUUCAUGUAUUUAGAAAACAACCUGGCCUGUGACAUUGUGAUAAAUAAAUAUUUUAUUUUUCUGAAAUAUGUUUGAUUUCUAAUUACAUCCGAUUUAAAUCAAUUUAUUGAUUUUCUUUUAAUUAAAAGGCUUUUCAUGAUGU